AUGGGUACCACCAAGUUCUUGAUGUGGCUGUUCCUCGUAGUUUUAGAACUCACGGACACCUGCUCAGGUGCCUCCCUGUGGCUGGUGGACGGCAGGAAUAGAUGCGAGGGACGCCUCGAGGUCUACUCCUCUUCGGGCCAGGGCACCGUGUGUCACAACAACUGGGACCUGAACGAUGCCCAGGUCGUGUGCAGGCAGCUGGGCUGUGGCUACGCCAUCGCCGCGCCCGGCAAUGCCUCCUUUGGGCAAGGCCGUGGCAAAAUUUACCUGGAAAACGUGCAGUGCACAGGCGGGGAGGCCUCCCUCUUCCAGUGCCAGAGCAAUGGCUGGGGCGUCCACARCUGCCAGCACAGUGAAGAUGCCGGUGUUGUCUGCUCAGAUGCCUACGACAUCACCACUACRAUCCCUACAGUGACAGUUCCUCCAGGUACCUUCCUGAGGCUGGAAAACGGCAGUAGUAGAUGUGAGGGACGCGUCGAGAUCUACUCCAAUGGGAAGGUGGGCACCGUGUGUGAUGACUACUGGGRCCUGRACAAUGCCCASGUCGUGUGCAGGCAGCUGGGCUGUGGCAACGCCAUCUCCGUACACACCAAUGCCUACUUUGGGGAGGGCAGCGGCAACAUUUACCUGGAUGACGUGCAGUGCACGGGCAGGGAGGCCUCCCUCUUCCAGUGCCAGAGCGCGGGCUGGGGCGUCCACAACUGCCKGCACAGUGAAGAUGCCGGUGUUGUCUGCKCAGAUCCACCUCCCACUACCUAUGUUACCACUACAUCUUUGACUACUACAGCCAGAAAACAUUCUUGUGGUGGCUUACUUUUGAAUUCCUCCGGAACACUUGAGAGUCCUUUAUACCCUUCGAAUUACUAUGAUAAUGCAGACUGUCUGUGGGAAAUACAAGUAGAGAGUAAUUUCCUUGUUGUUCUCACAUUUAGAAGUGYUCAGUUGCCAGGUGGAUGCCAGAACAGCUCCAUUGAAAUCUAUGAUGGGCCACCCAAUACUUCUCCUCUGCUUGGAAGAGUUUGCUCUGAUUCUUCUGUUACAUAUACAUCAUCCUCAAAUCUCCUGACUGUUAGAUUACACAGUAAUUCUGGAUACUCAAGCACRCGUUUUUUCGCUGAAUAUCACUCUGUUCGAGCAGAUGAUAAUACCACCCUUGUGUGCUUGUCAACCUACAUGCACGUAGUUAUAAAAAGAGCCUACCUUGAGGCACUAGGCUACUCUGUGGAUAACGUCAUCCUAUCUAAUGGUGUCUGCAAACCAACAAUUACGCCAAGCCAGAUUAUAUUYGACAUUCCAUACAAUGACUGUGGCACACAGAGACAGGGUGACAACGAAACAAUAACCUAUUCCAACGUGAUAAAAGUGGCUGCUUCUGGUAAUAUAAUUAAGAGGAAAAAGGACAUUAACUUGCACAUCAACUGCAAAAUGCUUCAGAACACCUGGGUGCAAGUAAUGUAUAUUGCCAAUGACAUUAUUCAUAUCAAUGAAACUCAGUAUGGCAGAUACAACGUGAACAUUGCAUUCUACAAUUCAUCAUCUUUCCUGUGGCCAGUGUAUGACUCUCCAUACUAUGUUGAACUGAAUCAGAUUUUGUACCUUCAAGCUUCCCUUCAAAAUUCUGACUCAAACCUGAUAUUGUUUCUGGACACAUGUGUGGCAUCACCCAAUCCUAACGAUUUUACAACUCUGACUUAUGAUUUAAUCAGAAGUGGGUGUGUUAAAGACUCCACCUUCCAAUCUCACCCUUCACCAAACAGAUACGUCUCUCGCUUUUCGUUUAAUGCCUUUGAUUUUGUAAGGCAGCAUCCAUCUGUUUACCUGCGGUGUGAACUGGUGGUGUGUAGGUACAACGACUAUUCUUCCCGAUGCUAUCAAGGCUGUGUUAGUAGGUUCAAGAGGGAUGUAGGAACUCCUGAUGAAAAAGUGAAUGUUGUUAUUGGACCUAUUCAGCUUCAGGAUACAAAUCCGGAGAACAGGAAAGCUAAGCUGGUCUCUGACGUCGAGGAGAACAGGGCAUCUCUGGGCUCAAGCCCUGCGUCUGCUGCCGGCUCUCAAGUUCCGAUUGCUUUGGUCACCAUGGCUGUGGUGGUAGCUGCUGUCCUCAUCGUGGGUGGGUUUCUACUGAGGCAUAAGGUGCAGAAAAUCAUUCCCUACCAGAUGAUGUGA